AUGAUAGGUGUCAGAUCGUGUGUCGUCGCUUGGCGGGCAGGGGUGGCGGCGGGUCGGCGGGAGGGGGCGGCACCACAAGGGGGGUGCUCGGCCAGGUGCGCCGUCGCGGGGCGCGUGCAUAACGGUCGCGGCACGAGCGCGCCGUGCGCUAUGGCGGAAAUAGCGAUGGACAGGGGCGCCGCGAGCAGGUGGUGCUACCAGACUCGUCGCACAAUUGGCGGU